CAUAUUUCUGACACACCCCUAGCACUACUGCCAGAGCUAGAUUUACCAUUGCGUUAGGUUUGUUAAUCGAUUACAAAUUACAUGACCCUCCUGUGGACUAAAUAAAAAAUACUAAACCCUCCCCUGACUGAAAUUUAAAAAACAUAAAGUUUCCUCUGGGUAACAAUUAUGUAAAUUUCAACCACUCCCUGAAUAUCUUUGUUCAAUGUCAUGAUUCCUCUCAUCCCUCCCCAAAUGUGUAGCUGUCUUUCUAUUUAUUUAAUUUUUAACAUCGUCUAUGGGCAAGCACAGAUUUUUUUCAGGUCCCUCCUAUGUACUUCACUCAUUUUCAGUCACCCUUUUAGCCAAUGGUGUUACAUACCUUUUUUUCUUGUUGGGACAAGUGACUUCAGCUUUCGGCCAAGUAAAAAUCUGUCCUGCAUGUCAGAGGGACAAGCGUCUAAAGAAGUUCAUGUCAAGUCCUCCCACUGGGCACGGACAUAAAUUCUAUGUCUAUUCCACUUUGGUUCAAUGUAAUUUCAUUGGAAUUACGUGGAAAUAACAUUGAUUCAACCAGUGUGUGCUGUUUGAACCAGCAACCACAACCUGACCUGUUAUACAAGUCGAGACCUCUUAGCAGAGUCUGUAGUAGACAAAGCUCACAGGGAGGUACAUUAAAAUGAAGGAGUUUUAUACACAUCCAACUUACCCAUCCAAAACCUACAGUACUGUAUAGUGACUCAGUUGGCCUGUUAUUGCUCUUUAUAUUCUGCAGUCCUCAAUGAAUGUAUCUGUAAUGCAGGAACCAUUUCUGUAAAUUCAUUGCCUGGAAGGCCGCACAUUAGUGAAGCAAAGCUCAUAAGUGUCCUGUGUCCCCUUACAUACUUUCUGUCUCUCACACACCCUACCCCCUAUCCUGUAUCUCUGUGGCGGAAGUGGGGGAUUGCGUGCCUACCCCGGCCUGUGUCUCCACCUGUUCCCGCCACUCACGGCUCCGGGGGUCACGUCAGGAGCACAAGGAGAGAAUGGAUAACUUUUUUUAAUUUCCAGAGUCUGUCCGGUGCCGAACAGCCAUGACCCGCCGUUUAUUGGGACCAGGAGCCCUGGUUCUGUUCGCGGUCCUUGUAACCGAGUGUUUGGCCAGGAAUGAGGAAGAGCGGUUGAUUCAACACCUGUUCAAGGAGAAGGCUUACAACAAGGACCUCCGGCCCGUAGAAAAACAGGGCGAAGCUGUCGUUGUGUACAUCGCCCUCACACUCUCUAACCUCAUCUCUCUGAAAGAGGUAACUGAGACUCUGCUGACCAAUGUGUGGAUGGAACAUGGCUGGUAUGAUACCAGGCUGUCUUGGAACACCACUGAGUUUGAUGAUAUCGAUGUUCUGCGCCUCCCGCCCAGCAUGGUGUGGCUGCCGGAGAUCGUCCUAGAGAACAAUAACGAUGCCCAGUUCCAGGUGGCGUACUACUGUAACGUGUUGAUCUAUCCGGAUGGCUAUGUGUACUGGCUGCCGCCAGCCAUCUUCAGAUCCUCCUGUGCCAUCAACGUCAACUACUUCCCCUUCGACUGGCAGAACUGCACUCUCAAGUUCACCUCCCUGACCUACAAUGCUAAGGAGAUCACCAUGCUGCUGAAAGAGGAGCUGGAAAAUGACAAGUCCUACAAGGUGGAGUGGAUCAUCAUAGACCCUGCAGGGUUCACAGAGAAUGGAGAGUGGGAGAUCAUUCAUAAACCGGCCCGUAGGAACACCUAUAAGAAUAUCCCUAUAGAGAGCAACAAGCACCAGGACAUCACCUUCUAUCUCAUCAUCAAACGCAAACCUCUGUUCUAUAUCAUCAACAUCAUAAUCCCCUCUGUCCUCAUCUCCUUCAUGGCUACACUGGUCUACUACCUACCAGCUGACAGUGGGGAGAAGAUGACUCUGUCUAUCUCGGUGCUGCUGGCUCAGUCUGUGUUCCUGCUGCUGAUCUCACAGAGACUGCCGGAGACCUCCAUGGCUAUACCACUUAUUGUCAAGUAUCUGAUGUUCAUCAUGGUUCUGGUUACGGUGGUGGUGUUGCACUGUGUGGUGGUCCUCAACCUGCACUUCAGGAGCCCCAGUACACACAUCAUGACAGAGUGGACUAGAGAGUUCUUCCUGGAGAGGUUGCCCCGCCUGCUGCGGAUGUCCCGCCCUGCAGAGUCAGAGUCUAGCUGGGAGGGGGCGUUGCCAAGGCGAUCUAGCUCCGUUGGUUACAUUGCUAAGGCGGAGGAGUACUACAGUGUGAAGUCACGCAGCGAGCUGAUGUUUGAGAAACAGUCUGAGAGACAUGGGCUGGCCACACGGGCUACACCUGCGGCAGCUGUGAAGCCCCAGUCAGAUGGAGAGGUGACAGAGCAGCUGUACUCUGAGAUGAAGCCUGGUGUGGAUGGAGCCAACUACAUUGUCAAACACAUGCAUGACAAGAAUGACUACAAUGAGGAGAAGGAUAACUGGAGUGGUAUAGCUCGUACGGUGGACCGUCUGUGUCUGUUUCUGGUCACCCCAGUCAUGACAGCAGGCACCAUCGUCAUCUUCCUCAUGGGUAUCUACAACCACCCUCCGCCCCUGCCCUUCGAGGGAGACCCCUACAACUACCUGGAGGAGAACAAACGCUUUGUCUGAUACACACCAACGCUUACACACUUUCGCACAACGUGAAGCGCGGUUCUGCUGUUUGUUCACCUUCACCUUCACUAACACAUCCGCAACCGCCCAAAUAUAAAAUCUGAGGCCUGCCCCCGACCCUAACCCACAAAUAUAGAAAAUGCACUGUGGGCCUACAGUCAGAUGGCAGAACUAUUUUUGGACAGGCCUUUUUAUAUAGGCCUAUGUUUCUGCUUGUCAUUUCCAACAUUUUGGUAGGUUAUUUGUUAGUCAACUUGCUUGUAAUUAGAUAGGCCUAUAUGUAGCUUCUCUAUUGUCAUUACUAGUUGACCUAGAAGACUAAGUAAACCCUUUACCAAAAUGUAAUAAAUCCAUAGAAUGAAUGUUUCAAUCUACUUGACAUCGGUAAAGUUUGUUUUCUCUUUCAUCUCUGCUUCUUUCGCAGCAAAGACAUGUAGGGCCCGGGGAGAAAAUUCUAUAACAACAUAAAAAAACUGGAAAGAUUUUUUGUGAAAAUUUCCUAAUGACAUCAGUUUGACUGUUUAAAUUUUUUUUUUUAAUCUAUUAA